AAAUCAUCACAAUAAAAUCGCACCAUGCAGUUACCUGGAAGCAACAUAUAGAAAACGGCUCAAAUUAUUUGUAACGUACGGUUACUACGUUAUAAACACAUGAAUAACUGGGGGAAAUAUGUUUCGGUGUUGAAUGGUGAUUUUUGGCCUUAUUCAUGUUGCACGUGUCCAGAUGUUAAGGCUGUCGCUGACCUCGGUGCUGAACACGCUGUCAGAUCAACCUGCGCUCAGCACAGGAGACAGCAGAGGCUCACUCCCGCUUUGAUUUUAUACACGCAACUCUACAUCGCUUUCAUCUAUAAUAUCAACUUUGUCGCUUUUCCUCUUUCCUUUUCCUAUCUGGGUGAGUGUUAUCGUUCACUCGUCGUCCACUCAUUUUGUGGUUUUUGCUGCUCGCUGCUGGCCAGUUGCGCCUCCUGCUCACCAGCUCGCCAUCCAGGAGCAGAGUUGGUGCUGGAUGAAGGCGCUCACGUCGUCUAACCCAGUUCACUAGCAGAUAGCGCUUUUCUUUGAGGAGAUUCAUCGACAAAGAGCCAUCAUUUGGAUCCUGUCUGAACUGGUCUGCUCUAUCAGAACUUGGCUCGUUAUUCACCGCCCGAGUCGGCUCUCCCGCGAAGGAACAUGACGUACAAGCAGUAAAAAACAGAUUACAACAGCAACGACAGCACGGGCCUGCACAUACAGACUGGAUAUGGAGUCCAUCAAGACCAGGGCCACGGCGGGAAUGAAGGAGUUGGCGGGGAAGACCCUGGGCCACAUGCACAGGGUGAUGGAGAAGCGACAAAAAGGCUCGGAGGUGAUCGAGUUGACCGAGGACGGACGGCCGCGUGAGGCCGCGGAGAAGAAGCCCCCCUUGUGCGACUGCAACUGCUUCGGCCUGCCGCGCCGCUACAUCAUCGCCAUCAUGAGCGGCCUGGGAUUCUGCAUCUCCUUCGGCAUCCGGUGUAAUUUGGGCGUGGCCAUCGUGGGCAUGGUCAACAACAGCACCAUCCACCAAAACGGCAAAAUCAUCAUUAAAGAGAAAGCCAAAUUCAACUGGGACCCAGAGACGGUGGGAAUGAUUCACGGAUCUUUCUUCUGGGGCUACAUAGUGACUCAAAUCCCAGGAGGAUACAUCUCAUCCAGGCUGGCUGCAAACAGGGUGUUUGGUGCAGCCAUUGUGCUAACAUCAAUCCUCAACAUGUUCAUUCCCUCGGCUGCUCGAGUCCAUUAUGGUUGUGUCAUUUUCGUUAGGAUACUACAAGGACUGGUGGAGGGAGUCACCUACCCAGCCUGUCAUGGCAUUUGGAGUAAGUGGGCUCCUCCACUUGAAAGGAGUCGUCUGGCCACCAUUUCUUUCUGUGGCUCCUAUGCUGGCGCUGUGAUUGCAAUGCCUCUGGCUGGAAUACUGGUGCAGUAUACAGGAUGGUCUUCAGUGUUUUAUGUCUAUGGAUGCGUUGGCAUCUUUUGGUACAUGUUCUGGAUAUUGGUCUCUUAUGAGAGCCCUGCUGAACAUCCAACCAUCACUGAUGAGGAGCGCUGCUACAUCGAGGAAAGCAUCGGAGAGAGUGCCAUGUUAAUGGGCCCUGCUGAGAAAUUCAAGACACCCUGGAAGAAGUUCUUCACCUCAAUGCCCGUCUAUGCAAUCAUUGUGGCCAACUUCUGCAGGAGCUGGACAUUUUACUUGCUACUUAUCAGCCAACCUGCAUACUUUGAGGAAGUGUUUGGCUUUGAGAUAAGCAAGGUUGGUAUACUGUCUGCGCUGCCCCAUUUGGUGAUGACCAUUAUUGUGCCCUUUGGCGGCCAGCUGGCCGACUACCUGCGCAGCCAGAACAUCCUGUCAACAACCACAGUCAGAAAAAUCAUGAACUGCGGAGGAUUUGGCAUGGAGGCUACGCUGCUACUCGUGGUAGGAUACUCUCACAGCAAAGGCGUGGCCAUCUCCUUCCUGGUGCUGGCAGUUGGCUUCAGUGGAUUUGCUAUAUCAGGCUUCAAUGUCAACCACUUGGAUAUCGCACCCCGUUAUGCCAGUAUCCUGAUGGGCAUCUCUAACGGAGUGGGUACCCUGUCUGGGAUGGUGUGUCCACUUAUUGUUGGUGCCAUGACGAAACACAAGACCAGAGAAGAGUGGCAGUACGUGUUCCUGAUUGCCUCCAUGGUGCACUAUGGGGGCGUGGUGUUCUAUGGGAUCUUUGCAUCGGGAGAAAAACAGCCCUGGGCCGACCCCGAGGUCACCAGCGAAGACAAGUGCGGCUUCAUCGACGAGGACGAGCUGGCAGAGGAGACGGGUGACAUCACACAGAGUUACGGUGCUUACGGUGGGCCUGCCAAGUCGUACGGCGCCACCACGCAGGUGAACGGAGGCUGGGCCGCCAGCUGGGAGAAGACGGAGGAGUAUGUGCAAGAAGAGUCUCAGGGAGGAGGCUAUGGAUACGGGCAGCAGCAGGAGGGAUAUUCUUAGACCAAACACAAUGAUACAUGCGUAGACCUCUCGGGUGUGUGUCAAUAUAGUCAAAAAUAACAUCAUCAAAUAAGAAAGAUAAAAAAAUCAAAGUAAAAAGGAAAUCCCGAUCCAUUGUUGUUGUUUCCACAAGUAAAAUGUAUCAAUGAAAAUCUACUAAAUAUAUAUUUCAAUCAAAAGAUGUUGAGCACAUAUCAAAUUGGCAACCUGUAAAUGUAUUAUAAUGCAUAUUGAUGAUAGAUAUAAUUAUCUGGAGUGAAAUUGUGUUUUAAUGUAGAAAUUCUCAUCCCAUCAGCAGAGGCCUCUAAAAAAAAAACAUGCAGAAGCCUGUAGUAGGAGAUCCCUCAUUAAUCACAUGACCUGGUUCUGGAUCGAAUACCACAAACUACAAUCCAGACACAAAGAUCUCGAAACUUGUCACUGCACAGCUUUGUAAACAGAAACUGACCACCGUCAAUAUUGAUUGUAUCGCAUCACUAUUAAGAGCACAUUUUUUGGGUUGUUCUUGUGUAGACAUUUGACACGUGACAUAGUAACUUGUGAUUGGUAACUGGACAUUAAGGUUUGUCUCUUUUUGAUGUUGAUGCGCUGUGUGCUCCAUUUUGUAACAUGGUACCCCUGUGUGAUGUUAGCAACCCCAGCCGUGUAGUGCAACAAGUGGCAUUUCAAUAUCGCAAAAGAUUGGUCGUCAAAUAUGCACACGUCAGAUCAUCGCCAAUGCAGAGGUGUUAACAGCAUUCUUUUUAGUGGAAGAAUAUUCAGUGUGAGAUUUAAUCGGAGGGUUGGUGCAAUGCAAAGACAAAUUAGCCCGUUUGUCUCAGAAUACAAAAACAUUCGAGUAGCACAACUAGAAAAUGCACAUAAUUUAAGCACAUUUUAGCUACCAGAAAGAUGUUAUAUGACAAAAGAUGAAGUGAACAUUCCCAAGAGUAUAUGGAUAUUUACCUUUCCUGAUAUUUAGAACAAAGUCCAACUAUUAAAUACCAGUAAAAUCAUGAUUUUCCAUCCAGAAAAUGGCCUUUUGACUAUUUGUAAAUACAGAGAUCACAAAUCGUAUUUAUUGGCCUAUUACAUGUGCACAUAGUGUAACAGAUAAAGAAUGGGUCAACACAUUCCAUUUUAGAAUUGCUCUAGGGGCCAAAGUUCACUCUCAGUGAGGGCCAUUCAUCAGCACUUCACAAUAUAAAUGUGUGUGAAUGAGUAUUUAUGCAUGAGACUUUGUGGUGAAACUUUCCUUUUGCUCACCCUCCCCUUUCGAAUGACUAUGCUUGUGUCUCAGAAACUGUUACUGAUAUUUCCAUUUCUUCGCACAAUUAACCAAAGGUGAAGAGCAAAAAUUGGUUUUGCAAGAAAGUUACAUUUUCUAAGCGAGCAAAGACCAUCAGCAACAAGGUUGCAGUCUGGACCACCAGUGUACAAGUGGCACCAAACAUGUCUCUGUACUGUACAAAGCAAUAAAUCCAUAGUAACAGUUCUGGUCCAACUCUAAAAAUCACCGUUACUCAACAACAGGUUGUACUGUGUGCAUUUCUUCAAAAUGUGUGUUUCUUGUUUGGGAUAAUCGAUGUAAAAAAUUACAGACAGUUGUAAAUAAAUAAAUAAAUAAAUAAAUAAAUAAAUAAAGACUAGCAUUGGGCCAAAACCUUGUAACUCCCAAAUUUUCCCCAAAAUGGUCAAGUUUGGUUCAAUCACUAGCUUUGCAUCGUGAAUAAGAGCAAGCCACUUUCAACACUUUAGAUUAAACAAUACUUUGUAAAAAAAUAGCACCCACACAUACGAACUGACCAAUAGUAGAGAUUUAAGAAAAAUGAUGAAAUUCGGCCAAAUGUGAAUUGUGAGGUUUUGGCCUGACACCAGCAAUAUAUUGUAUCAAAAGAUGCUAUACUAAUCAAUAGUAUAUCACACAAUAUUUAGACUGCCGCAAACAUCUUUGAUAACAUCCAAAAGCAAAGGGUUUGGGAUGGUGUUGCUCACCAGAUGAGAAAGCUUGGCUCUGUAAACAACGGCUGCUCUUUUAACGUCAUGUUGUUCCGUUCUCGUGCUUGUUGUAUGUUUUUGUGUCCCUUCUCCUCUUGUCCAUCCUCUUUCUCUCACACACACAAUUACAUUUUUAGUUUGAUCACAUUGUUCAUCAAGUGUUUCGCUUCUGAACCUCUAUGUAUCAUUUGCAUUACUUUCUUGUGUUAUUUCCUGAUUUCACUGCCCAAACAAUCAGUGACGCAAAUAGACAAUAUCUGAUUCUGUAUUUUCCAAAAAGACAAUUGUGCAACAUAAAGUAGUUUCCUGUUUUUGUGCCUCUGAAGUUGAAGUGUAAUUCUUUGCCUUCUGUUGCUGUGUAAACUGAGUUUUGUUGGUGUCAAAAGAAAAUACUCUAAAACAUGUUUUUUUUAAAAAAAACAACAGCAAA